AUGGUGCACCACACGAUCUUGGGCCUGCCGGCCGAGGUGCGGAUUACGAUUUGCGACUACCUUGAAGUGAAAGACCUAUCCAACUUUUCAAAGACCUGCUGGGACAUUAAGCCCUACGCGCGCGAAGAGAUGUACCGCCGGGACGCUGCAACGCGAAACUCGUCAGCCAUCCUCUGGGCUGCUGGCGCCAGUGGUUGUGGUGGGGAGUACUCGGCCAUGGCCGUGUCGAUGUUGCAGUACAGUGUUCAGCAUGGAGGAGAUGUCAAUGCCCGCUAUUUUAUGGACGGAGAUGCGACGUGCACCGUGAUUCACGUCGCCGCUGCUCAUGGCAGCCGGAGUUUUGUCGAAGAGUUGUUGCGCCUCGGUGCUCUCAUCGGUACCUAUAGUCUUAGGCUGUGGAAGUUCUUGAACGUCGGCAGGUUUCGCCAGGACCUGGACAUUGCAGGGAAGCUAAACGCGUUCUCUCAGAGGACUAGACUGCAAGACCAGUGCUGGUUCCCUUUGAUGCCUGCCAUGUUUCAACCCGCGCCCACGGUCGCCCGGCUUCUGCUCGACAGCAAUCACCCUUGCCGUCUCGCCAUCCAUCACAGGCAUCUCUUUGUGCCACCGCUACAAAGAGCUCCUCUUAUCAACGCUGAGUACACACUCCAUCAUCUUCUUGUCGAGCAAAACGUUUUUCCCGACCUGCACAAAGAACUGUUCGAGCGGUUCCGCCACAGCAUAACUGUCCCAGCGGCGUCUAGCGGGAGACUUUCUCCCCUAAUGAGGGCUGUCCAAAAGGGCAACGAGAGCGCCACCGAUAUUCUCCUCUCAUUCUCACAAGAUCUCGACGCAGUCUCAGGCCUAGGCUGGCCCGUUCUCUCCUACGCUGUUGAGGGGGCCUCAACGCUCCUGGUGCCCAAGGCGCGAGAUUGGAGCGCCUCGCUGGUUCCGCGUCUACUUGAGAAAGGCGCCGGCGUGAAUGUUGGGGGGCCCUCGUCGCCGCUCCAACUCGCCGUCACGUCUGUCGUAGAAGACGAGAUAGUGACGGACCCGAAGCAUCGAAAGCGAAUGUUAGCAAUGAUCGAAGUCCUCCUGAUGCACGAGGCGGAUGUGAAUGCUCGCACGGCACGUGGGCAACGCCUCGGCCAGUACGUCUUCCAAAAGAUGCAAAAAGGCAGAGACGUGAAUCUACUUCGCCACCUCUUCACUGCAUUCCUGAAGCAUGGAAUGAACGUCCACGAGCCAUUCCCAGACGAGACUUCUUUUCUCGCAAGAUCUCUCUCUCUCGCUUCUGGUGCUACCAAGACGACCGUCAUCGCUGCAUUGCUAGCCUGCGGUGCGCGUCCGGAACCACACGAGUGCGACGAUAUACUACGUCGCUGGCUGCUCACGAGCAAGGACAACAAGAACAGCAUGCUGCCUAAAGAGAUGGAAGAGAAGCUCCCAGAACUCGCGCAUCACUUCACGCAGACCGCUGUCGAUAGUGCCUUCACCAAGCUUGUCCGGGACAAGGACAACAAGCACUUCGACGCGCUGGUGCAGUGGCGGCAGACGAGUAGGCCAAGCAAUGUCCUCGCCGUCGCGAUCCAGAACCGGUUCCCGCGGCGCGAUGCGCUGUAUGCGCUACCUUUUGCCCCGGCGUGGCAGAACAAAUAUGGGCAGGGCUACGCGCAUCUCGUCAUGCAGGGGCUGGAGGAGGGCAUAUACGACGAAAAGGCGGCGGUGGGAGAGAUGAGGCGCCUCAUUAAAGGGGGAGUGAGUCUCGGGCAUCGAGACGACGAGGGAAAGACGGUUUUGCAGCAUCUGUCAAUAAUACGGCGCGCACUUGAGGGGGAGCCGGACAAGCCGGAUAAGCUGGAAAGGUUGGAGAAGCUGCUUUCGCGCCGACGACUCGAGGAGAUAGGAAACGAGGUUUAA